AUGAAAAAUAGUACCAUACUAAUAUUGGUUUCUAUUUUGUAUGGUGUACUUUGUACCUCAAAAAUUGAUUAUGGAAAAAUUGAUAGUAGUAUUAUUUUUAAUGACAUUUCAACAGAUAAAAGUCUUAUCAUUAAUCUAAACAACAUUGAAUCAUACCCUGAUCAUUUAAAAAUUCUAUCAACAGAUUAUAAAAAUUAUGUUGUAAUAGGAGGACGUGAUAAAGCUUAUAAUAUUUGUACAACCACUGGUGAUAUAUUAUCAUCAUAUACAUGGAUAAGUUCAAAAAAAGAUCAAGAUGAGUGUAUUAUGAAAGGUAGAAAUGAUGAAGAGUGUCAUAAUUAUAUUCGUGUUUUGUCACCUGAAUCAUCUACCAAUAGAACAUUAAUAUGUGGUACAAAUUCAUUUAAACCAAAAUGUCGCCUAAUUGAUGGUAUAAUGAGAGAGGAAGCAGGAAAUAUUUUUCAAUUUUCUGGUAUUGGUAUUGUACCAUAUGAUCCAUCUUUUGAAUCAACAUUUAUUAGAGAUGGUGAUGAAUUGUAUACAUCUUCAGUGACAGAUUUUGACUCAAUGGAUCCAUUAAUUUACCGAAAAAAUGUAACAAUCUCUAAUCAAUCAGAUUUAGGAAUUAGGACAGUAAAAGAUGAUGAAAGAUUUUUGAAUAGUCCACAUUUUGUUGGUUCUUUUAUGUAUGGAGAGUAUGUUUAUUAUUGGUUACGUGAAGAAGCCACAGAAUGUGACAAUUGUGAUCCAAUAAUAUAUUCUAGAGUUGUUAGAAUGUGCCGUUCUGAUAGAGGUGGUCCAAGAAGAUAUUCAAAUGAAUGGACUUCAUUUGUAAAAGCUAGAUUAAAUUGUUCCAUCUCUGGAAGGUAUCCAUUUUAUUUUGAUCAAAUUGAAUCAAUAUCAUUUGUCAAAGAAACUAAACUAAUUUAUGCAACAUUUACCUCAUCAUUAGCUGGUAUUGCUCAAUCAGCUGUCUGUGGUUAUGAUUUAAAUAUGAUUGAUAAAAUAUUUUCUAAUUCUUUAUUUAUGGGACAAUUAUCACAGGGUAAUGUAUGGAGAUAUAAAAAAGAAUCAAAUAUUAAUUAUAAACCAGGAAGUUGUAUAAAAAAUUCAAAAGAAUUAUCAGAAAAUGAGGUUGCUUAUGCUAAAAGAAAUACCCUUGCUAAGGAUGUUGUACCAAAUAAAUUUACAACAGCUCAAGUUACAACAUUGGGUCCUGGUGAAGAUAGAUAUAUGGCUAUUGCAGUUAAACAUGAUAAAGCUGAUAUAUUAUAUGUUGGUACUGAUAAUGGAAUAAUUAAAAAAAUGAUUGUAAAAAAUAUUAAUGGAGAGAAUGUUAUUGAGAAUGUUAUGGAAAUUAAAAUAUCUUCAAAACAAAUAAAAGAUCUUCUUAUUGUUAAGGAUAAUCUUAUUGUUAUGGAGGAUAAUACCAUUAAAAAAGUUAAUAUUGAUUUUUGUUUAACUUUUUCCCACUCAUGUUCAAAAUGUUUAAUUAAAAAUAGUGGUUGUAUUUGGGAUUCAAAUGAAAAUAUUUGUUUUGAUAAGAAUAAAUCAAAAACCAAUAAUUUAACAGUAAUUAUAAAUAAAGAAUCUUGUCCUGAUUUUCUUUUAACUACAACUGAAGAAUCAUUAACAAAUUUUAUUCCUAACACUUUAUUAGAUAUUCAAAAAGAUGGAAAUAUAGCAAGUAUUAAAGAAGAAAAAGAAUACAUUAAAAGAAGUGGAUUCUUUUCUAAUGAAUAUGCUUUUAUAAUAAUUAUAAUUUUUAUUUCACUUCUUGUUAUUAUUGGAUUUUUAUUAGUUAUUAUUAUAUUACGUAAACGUGAUCAUUCUGAUGGAGAUAAAAGUGAAAAAAGUUUAUCAAUAGCUACAAGUUCACUUUCUAAUGACUCUACCAGAAGUUCUGAAUACAUCAAAAGAACAACACCAUCAGGAAUUCAUGAUAUAAUAGAUGCAUAUGAUACAAAUCCAUAUGGAAAAGUUGUUAACAUACGCCCAAUUAUGACAGCUACCCCUUUUAUUCCACCUCAAUCAACUGAUUCCACAAUUCGAGAUUCCAUAACACCAAGACACUCUGCAAAUAAUGAUGAGAUUGCUCUCCAAAUUGAUGGGCAUUCAACAUUACUACGUACCUCCAGAUCUCAACAUUAUCCUCCAAUAGGAGAUACUAAUUUACUAUACAAAAAUUCAUACAUUACACAUUUAGAUGGUCUCUCAUCUUCAAUUGACAAUUCAUACCAUCCAUCAACACUUAAAAAUAACAACUACUACAAUAAUUAA